AUGGUUUAUUUCGUUCUAAUUUGUAUCUCCAUUCCUGUCUCGCACACUGUGGACUCCUCCAAGCGUGCCGAUGGGCGGGGCGAGCGUCCUAACCAGUCUAGGCGGACCCGUGGAAAACCACCAACCUGCCCCCGCCGCGUCCGUUGCACUCUUGCUGACGGGGGCGGGGAGGUCCACCCGAAGUGGCUGCUGUAUAUCGCC